AUGAAUACUAAUGAAGUGAAAUAUCGGAGGACAGAAGCCGAGUGGCUGGGCCAAUACGACUCCAACGUCCAAUACUCGCGUGCCCAGACUCAGACGGCUCUUCUUAGCGGCGAUCAUUCCACCAUGGUCGCCAUGUGUCUGUACGUUGCUGGAAAGUCAAAACAUGUGCCACUGCCACUCCGACCUAGAGUCCUACCGCGUAAGCCAAAGAAUGAAGCGGAAAAUGAAGAGAGAAUAACCCGGAAGUGCGGGAUCCAGAACAGAAUUGCGAAAGAAACUGCCAAGAUCUCAUAUUUCGAUGAUGUCCACACUGCUCAAGCCACCCGCAAGCAGCCGCACCUCGAGACUCGUCUGGCAGUUGGUCCCUUCCCCCGGUCGCUGGUGCAUCCCUCGGCGUUUUAUGCCGCUGUCACCAUCACCAGGCAAAUACCACCGCCCACCACACUUGCCACGGAUUCGACCGUGCCCCGACUAGACCGUUUAGGGCAGUUCGCAAAGCGUGGGGACCCUGAGGGCGAUCGUUCACCGUAG